GUGUGUGUUCAGCUGACAUUGCCACUCACUCAAGUUCAAGAUGUCCGACUAUCAUUCCUAGAGGCUUAAAGCUUUAGCUUGAAUGCCCGGGCCUGAAAAUAGGAGUGCAGGCCCAUAUUAUUAUAAAAGCUGCCUUUUUAGAUGGAAGUGCGCAGGAAUGGUGCGUCUAAAUUUCUGAAUUAUCGGUUUAAAUUGCCAGGAGAGCCAGUUCAAUGCACAAAGGUCUCCACCACGACAUUGAAGCGCUGCGUGCUGCAUGCAGAUCUCUUUGUUCUUUGUUCCUCGUUUCUUAAUCACAUUGUUGCGGCACCAUUUAAGAUCCUGCAAAUUCUUCCAAUGUUGGUCGGUUGUCAUCCUCUACCUCCUCUUCUCAUUUCGUGACGGACGUCGUACAAUUACACUUGAAGUGAAAGAUAUUCAAUACACAGAAUUUGAUAGCAAACCAUGCCGGAAUCCAAGAAACCCCAAGGCCUCCUGCGCAAUAGCUUUAAUUUCCCAGCUUUCAGUGGCCUUCCGUCCGAACCUGAGGAUGAAAUUGACCUCAAAUACUACAACCUUAACCUGUGCGGAUUCGAACCCAGCCAGCACUGGUGCUUUCUCGGCGAGAUUGUCGAUUCUAUUGGUCUUGUACGAGUCCUGUUACGCGUAAAGGACAAGGACGGUCGAGUCGUUACCGUCGGGCUGUACACAGACGACCGUGGAAAAGUGCUCGCUCCACAAAUCAAGAAAGGUCACACAGUUGCUAUACUGUAUGGCGAGCAACAUGGCUUCCUAGACAUGACUGUCAAUAUACGCGUCGAAGACGCCUCCAACAUUAAAAUCAUACCAUGCUCACUCGAGCAGCUGCUGAAGGCUAGCGAUGAUCUGGUUGUACUGCGCAAAGGCCAGCCAAGACACUGUGGAUCUUGUGGCAAUGGAGAGAACGCUUCUUACAAUACGCACUUGCGCUUGUGCUCCCGCUGCAGAUACGCAUCAUAUUGUGGAGAGGAUUGUCAGAAGAAAGCCUGGAUGGACGGUCACAAGGCUGACUGCAAGGCACUUGUCGAGGUACAGUGGUUCACGGCAAAGAACUGGGAAACGUUCCACGACUGGUUCAGUUUCUGAUGGCUUCACCCUGGUAAAUUGUUGGAUUUGCGAAUUAUCAUAUUAUCCUCCAAAUUUCACUUUAUUGUGCCGUACUAUCCUAGUCCAGGACAUAAAUCAAACAUUAGAAUUUUCUGUGAGGCAUGAAGGUACAUGGACGAUACACAACCAAUUGUGCUAUUAUGGAUGACGCGGGAGAGUAAAUCUUGCAAAUUUCUUGUGGUGCAUCAUCAGAAGUGCUACAGAGCACUCAGUAGCAAAUGCGUUUUUC